GAUUUAUUCAGGAACAAAACAUUCUUCUAUACUCCGUAGUUAACGUUACAGCAAUCGAUCUAUGUUAUCAGAGAGCCAAUCGGGGCAUCCGCCCAGCUUCCCCGCGAAAUGCUCGGUAGAUCUCCCGACGCAGAAAACUCGACUUGCUACGAACUGCCCAUACCGAGAACAAGAGAAUAACACUGAUCUCUCGCCACAAACUGACUUCCAUAUAUCUCUUCUCGCAUUGAUUCCGGAGAAUUAUUCGAUCUAAGAAGAUCUAAAAACCUCGAUCUGCACAUCGACAAAUGCAGCAGAGCCGAAUUUGGAGGGAAUACGAAACCCAUUAAAUCCAUAUAACUACAGGUCUAAAAUAUCAGAAAAACGCCGCGAAAAAAAAAGACAAAGAAAAAAGAAACAAGCUCGAGGCGGAUAUCUAGUCACAGAACCUCUUCACCAUCCUCUUACCUCUAUCGGGACCUAGAUAUAUCUUCUCAGAAGGUCUGACAAUGGGCGAAAUCCUCCGCACCACCGCCCCGAUCCUCACACCACAAAGACAUCUCUUCAUCGCCUCGAUAGGAAACAAAGGACCAUACCGCACCACCCGCCACAGCGCAGGCCACAUCCUCCUCGAUGCCGUGAAGCCCUUACUACCAACCAAAAUCCCAUUCAUCUCACCAACCAAACCCGGCCAACCCGCCUUCUACCAAACAUGGACCAGCCCCUCAUUCAUGAAUGAAUCCGGACCAAAACUCACCCGACAACUAGACGGAUGGCUCUCCACGCAAAGAGAGACAUUCAAUCAGAUCGUUCGACGAGAUGAACCGCUUCAGAUGUUUCCAACCAGUGAAGAAGAGGCGGGGGGCUGGAAAAACCAUCCCCGCGGUGUUGAUCCUCGGGGAUUGAAACGGUUUCAACCGACUCUGGUCAUUCUGCACGAUGAGCUCGAGGCGCCUCUUGGUCGAUUGAAAGUGCGUCGUGGUGGUCCUCAGCAGGCUAGUCUUCGUGGUCAUCGUGGUCUGAUUAGUAUCAUGGAGAGUUUGCGCGGGAAGGGUCUUCUUCGUCCAUCUUCGAAUCAGAGCAAGGGUGACGACGUGCAGUUGUCUAUCAUGCGAGUAGGCGUUGGUAUUGGACGACCAGAGAGUCGAAAACCGAAACACGUCGCGGAUUAUGUCCUCAGCGAGCUGAGUCGCGAUGAGCUGGAUGCCAUCCGCGCAGCCGCUGAGCCGACGGUGAAUCUUCUGGUUGAUGAGUUUUACAGGGAAGGGGAGUUGCCAUGAACUCCUCCGACCGGUUGGCAAAAAGUCAAAAAGAAUAUUGAUAAUAAUCUGGUUAUAGCGGUGGCGUUACGAUCCUAUACUGGGGUCAGAUAGGUUGACUAAGAUGAUCCGAGAGCAUUUCAUAUACCCUGGACUAAUGUACGAUCAGAUCUUUCUUUCAUAUCAAACAAUGUACCAUAGAGCAUAUAGAGAAUAGGAAAAAGACGAGCAUCCGCAGACGCUG